CUAAUUUGCAUCAUAUGAAUGGCGGAGAGGUCCUGAGAAUCGAUUAACGAUCUCAUCGUCUGCCUAGCACUCACCGGAAAAUCGUAUCCUAAUCUUCCAAGAUCCACCUACCUCCGCCUAUCACCACCGCGAUCUCACCACCGAAGUUUCUCCCACUUCCCCUUAUCCUCUAUCUUUCUUCUAUAAUCAUCUUCAGGUACACUCAGCAGUUCACACUUAUUGUCUCUUUAAAGAGAGAUAUGAAGAUGAGGGUAGCAGCUUUUGUAGCAGUCUUGCUUGUGGUAUCUGAACUGCCACUCGGCUUUACCUUCUCAUCUACAGCCCCUGCAUUUUUGUGGACAAAUACCCAAGACGAAUUGACUACCAACAAAGUGAAGGAAGCUGUAAGUUACCAAACCCUUUCUCCAAAGGAUCUGGCCAAAUCUGUCAUGCUAGAAGGUGGCUGGUCAAACUUACUGUGCCCCAGUCAGAAACCUGAAGAUUCCGUCGAUCUUGCAAUUGUUUUUGUUGGGAGAGAGUCUCUGGAUAUUUCUGGACGUAAACGUGGAGAUCAAGGACUUCUAGACUUGCUCAAGGUUUCGUUCACAAAGUCGACAUUCUCUUUAGCAUACCCUUAUGUAGCUGCAUCUGAAGAGAAUGAAGCUCUGCAAAAUUCAUUAGUUUCUGAGUUUGCAGAAACUUGUGGACAAGAUGCAGUACUAAGCAAGGUCGGAAUACUGGAGUCAUGUGCUUCUGAGGGUGGAAACUUUGAGAAACUUACUGACAUCAACUCAGUCCAUGAGUAUGUAGUUUCAAGUAUGGAGAAGAAAUCCAACGGGCAAACACCACUGGUUGUCUUUUGCAAUGGCGGAGCUGACUCACUGAAAGGAAGUGGUUCUGAUGGCAAAGUUUUUUCUGAGCUUAUCAGUUCUGUUGAGCAGACAGGAGCAAAGUAUUCGGUUUUAUAUGUCUCCGACCCUGUGAAUGUCAUCCGUUAUCCUUCUUACCGUCAGCUAGACAGGUUCCUUGCACAAAAAUCUGGAAAUGCAUCAGACAACUCCACUUCGUGUGAUGGAGUUUGCCAAAUUAAAUCAUCAUUGUUGGAGGGACUUUUUGUGGGACUUGUUUUGCUGAUAAUUUUGAUAUCGGGGCUUUGCUGUAUGGCUGGUAUCGACACCCCAACAAGAUUUGAAGCUCCUCAAGAAUCUUAAGCAAGCGAAAUUCCAACUUGUGGCGCUGGUAUUGUCAUUGCUUCACUGGUAGUAUUAAAUUAGUCGAGAUUCUUGAAUGAGCUGUUCUAUUUAUCGUGUACGCUUGUCAAUAAGGGUUUUGUCUUCAACAUUUCUUCAAACAUUUUGUGUGAUGUUUUUGUAACGGCAUAAAAUCAACCUCUGCAAGUUCAGUGCAAGAUACCAAACUGGAGUUCAUUGUUUUUAUC